AUCUUACUGGGUGGGAAAGAGAAAAAUAAUCACGCUAGUAUGAAGAAAUUGACGUCAACUGCAUUUACGGAGUUCCUACCGAGUUGCUAAAUGUGGAGAGUAAAUAGAGUUGAAUAGCAACUAAGUAAAUUUAGCAAGUCUAUUUAGAGAACCAUUGGAGAAGCAUUUUUCUGUUCAUUUCUUAAAUUUAAGAUUUAGAGAGUUGUUUAGAGAACUAUUGAAGUUGCUCUUAGAGGCCCUUGUUGUCUUGUUGAAGAGUUGAAGACACCGCAGUUCCGGAAACUUCUGUAGCAGCUGAAAUAGUACGGACGUGUUUGAACAUGUACAGGAUCUCGAGGCCACAUCUGUAAAACGACCACCCCUCACGCGGAAGCGGAGACUGGAAAUCGGGAGGGAGACCGGAGACGAGACCGCCGGAGAUGGAGCCGAGAUCUGCAAUCUACAGAUCCGGCGCCUUCCUUCUCCUCGCCGCCAUCCUUGCGGAGGUCGUCAUCCCUGCAUCCGCCAUCGGAGACAAGUGCGCCGCCUGCAAGGCCGUUGCUGCGGAGCUAGAGAUUGGAAUUUCGAGUGAGAAGCCGAGAAAUCACUUGGACUUGCGCAACCGCUUAAAUUCUAAAGGCCAGAGGGAGGGGAAGGUCAUUGAUUAUAGGGUCAGUGAGCUUCGGGUUGUGGAACUUCUGGAUGGCCUAUGCGAUAAGAUGCAAGAUUAUACCUUAAAGAAGUUGGAAUCAGGCGAAAAGGGAUGGGUUAAAGUAACAGACUGGAAUAGCUUUCAAACUGAAAAUAAGGCAGCAGCAAGAGCUCACUCCAAAAAAUUGUCCACCUUCUGUGGAAGGCUACUGGAGGAAACGGAGGAUGAGCUCUCUGAGUGGAUCAAAACAACCUCCACAGAAUCAGAAUAUGUAAGCAAGGCCCUUUGUGAAGAUAUUAGCAAACACUGCCGAUCUACAAGUGCUACCAUCCAGAUUGAUGAUGAGCUAUGACAUGCCGGGGGCAGGUCGUUGUUUCGCAAAAAGCAAAACAGGCGACAGGUUGGAAAAUGUUAAAGAACACAGCUCUAGUAGUCCCUGACACCAUUUAGAGAGACAUGCAGCUGCCAAUUCUGAUUGUUUGUGUUGCACUCAUAUUUCCUGUAAACAAAAGCUUAGACUGAUCUGUAGAGAAAGCAACUGGACAUCAAUUUUUGCAUACCGAUGAACUACAGUUUAAAACGGCCGGUUGAAUUAUCAUGUCAGGGGCUAUAGGAAAUUUGAAUGCUUCUAUUCUAAGGUCUUGUUGUUGAGUACUGAGUAUAGUUUGAUGACUGCAUGUUGGUCAAUGACAGCAUCAAAGAUUACAU